CUGGUUCCAUCUAUAAACACAGCCCACCAGCUGCACCGCUGAGCUUACUACCCACCAUCGCAAGGCCCCCUCUCGAUCAGCAGCAGCACACAGCAAAUGGAGCGCGGCCAAGAAGCGCUGUCCGCAAAGAAACCGGCCCUGGAGGUGACGCUCCGGCGGUUCAGCCUCGCCGACGUGGACGCCAUGAUGGCGUGGGCGUCGGACCCGCAGGUGGCCGCCCCCUGCCGCUGGGAGCCCUACGAGUCCACGGAGCCCCUGCUCGCCUUCAUCCGCGACGCCGUGCUGCCGCACCCUUGGUUCCGGGCCAUCUGCCUCGCCGGCGACGACGACCGCCCCGUCGGCGCGAUCUCCGUGUCACCGACGGACGACGCGUGCCGCGCGGAGCUCGGGUACGUGCUGGCGCGCGCGCACUGGGGCAAGGGCGUGGCCACGACGGCCGUGCGGCGGGCGGUGGCCGCGGUCAUGGGGGUUGCGCGAACCGCUUGUGCCGAUGCGUUUAGGUGAUCAGGACGUCGGGUAGCUAGGACGAUUGUGACCAGAUGAAUCCAGAAAGUUUGCAGGUGCACUGCUCUCUCUGUCUUGGAGACUCUGACUGACUCGCCAUGAAAGCGAAGUCCAAGGAUUUGGCGAGAAGUUGACCGAACAAUGGCGAAUGCAUAUGCAAAAAUAGCCUGGGCUCACCGGCGCGACCAACCUAACUAAUUGCUACUAUUAUGGACCAUGGUCUGUCAGUGUCAAGAAAGAGAAUGGUUCUUGCUACAAAAUAAGAGAGGAUAUGUGCGUACCAGUGCCACGCACAGCUUGCUCAUCACACACAAGGAAGAAUU